AGCUCUUUUUCAUCUCUUAAUCAUGAACACGGAACGAAGAAUACUAAACUAUCGUAAUACGUGUAUUAAAUUUGUUUGCAAGCUAUGAGGGCUUGCAAAAUGGACGCUUUCUAAAGAGUGCUUGACAUUUUAGGAACGAGUAGCGCGCAAGUGAAUUGACGUUUGUACUCAAGAUUUUGAGAGUAUAAAAUGUCUGAACGGGAAACAAGCUCACGAGUAUCUCGCUCUCAACACGGGCACAGAUCUAGAAAACAUGCAGAGCAAACUUCGACAGAACGGGAACAGAAAAAGACCACGUCCAGAAUUCAGACGCUUGGCGCGGGAGAAUCUAUCAAAGAAAAGCAAGUCAGUAUAAGUAACGACGUGUUUAAUUUCAGUCUAUUGUUUGCAGCUAGUUAUAAGUUGUUUGUAACUUUAAAUACAACAUGAAUUGCUUGUUGCAUUUGUCUGCUAUAUAACAUUGAAGCAAUGUACAGUAAUAUAGUGUAUCAAUGUGUGCAGCCUAGCUCUUGUGUGGGAAAACAGUUUAGUAUUGAUAUAGAGUAUCAUUAGCGUAUCUUAUAAAACUACUUAGCGUUCAUGGUAUUUGUUUUAAAAGAGCAUUUGUCUAGUGUUCAAAUAAACUUUGCUCAAGUAUGUAUACCAGAAAAUAUUAAAAAUGUGUUAAGUAGUUCACUGUGAACAGAGACUUCUUAGCUCUCAUAGCAAACAGGCUGUAUACUAGGCUAUAGCUUUCAGGAAGCGUGAUUUGACACAUGUUUAUAUGUAAGCUGGGCUGGGCAGCUUUAAUAGCAAGACAGCCCGGUAAGCGAGAUCUCGCUGUGUAGUUAUUUUUAUAGUAAAAAUUACUGUGGAUUUAUAUGGAGCAGGCUUGGCCUGGUUGCCGAGAUCUCACUUGAAAGCUGCGAGGUCUCGCUUACCAGGAUGAAAAUUUCUCCAUGUAACACUCCCGGUUGCCGGGAUGAAAGUUCAAAAUGCUGCCACAAGCUAUUUUUAACAACUGCCAAAAGAAUAUCAAAACAGCAAAAUUGUCCAGGCAAGCAGGAUGAAAUUUUCUCAUAUAAACACACGAGAACUGCAUCCCACUUACCAGGCUGUCUCGGUAAGCGUGCCAGGCAGUCCGGCUUAGUGACUCAAAAUAAUGCACUUAGUGACUCAAAAUAAUUAAGAUUAUUUUUUGCACAAUAGUGCUUAUAGUAAAACCCACUUAUAUUCUAUGUCUACAGCAAAAAGCUCGGGAGGAAAGAGAGGCCAAACGGUCAAUGUUAGACCAAAGACAUGAUUAUAUUUUACAAUCACUUGCUGAUUGCUUGGAUGUCCCAUUUGAUGAAGUGACUGACUCAUUGCUUGAAGGAAGACAGGUACAUAUGGUCAUAGUACAAUUCCAUGUUGUUCCUUGCACAAUCAAAACUAUUUGUGUUCAUUGAAAUUUCCAUGUUUUUGCAAAAGUCUAACAGUAGUCAUGGUGGUGAUGUUCUAGCAAUAUCCCUCUUGAAAUAUCCCUCUUCCCCUGGGAAAAAUUAACAGUGUCUGUCAGGCAAACCUAAAUUACUGAAUUUGUCCUGUAGAAAGAUCUUAAAAUGUGGGUGCCAGGUGCAGGAGGUGACCACCCCUGCCCAGCAACAUCUUCACCAUACCCACAUCAGAAAGUUAUAUAGACAUUGACAAGUGGCUAAUUUUCUUACCCACAUCAGAAAGUUAUAUAGACAUUGACAAGUGGCUAAUUUUCUAUGAUAGUUACUGUGAUGAAGCAUUGAGUCAUAAACCCACCACACCCUAUAAUACCCCAUCCCCAGUAAAAUUCUGCACCCACAUUAAACAAUCACAGAUACAACCCCACAUUAAACCCUAAUUACAAGGAUUUGAUAUUUACAUUAUUUGCAUGAUACAUAUCUAAACUGUGUUUAGUUAGACAUUAUAACUCUAAUCUGAUGUUAAACAUUGUUAAUCUAGCCAAAAUAGCUUGUGAUUUAUUGCUUUUUAAUGUCAUUUAGAUUGAGAAUAUGGAUCAAUUUUUCAUACAAAAUGGACUGAAGCAUAUUAUUUUUUAUUACCAACAAACUGAAUCACUAAAUGAACCAGGUUGGAAAAGAGUUUGUUUAGUUUAGCCUGUUAAUGUCCAACAUGUACUAAAAUUG